AUGUCUUCAGUUGACUGUUUGAGACAGUUUGUCAACGAGCGACUAACUGCUGCUGCUGAAGAAAUAUUUGGAGUUUUUCAAAAAACUAUCGUCGAGUACGAAGAAGAGAUCUAUCAGGAGGGAGAGGAGGUUGUGCUGAAGGUGGAGGCUGAUACCUUUGUGGUGACUCCUACUGAUGAGGAAAGGGACCAUGUUGAACCAGAACCUGAAAGUGACCACCAGCUGCUGUUGAACAACUUUUAUGCAGCUGAGGGCCAAGAUCAGAAAGGAUACAAGCAUGAAGACUCUACUAGAGAUGCAGAGUCAGAACAAAACGAUCAACAACAUGAAAACGGAAGUCAGAGUAACAUCGUGUGCAACCCUAACUUGUCAGGGGCUGACAGUAAUGCUCACAAACCGUCUUUUAAAUGUAACACCUGUGGAAAGGAUUAUAAGUAUAAGUCAGAUCUUCGGAAACACAUGAGAAAGCACACAGGUGAGAAGCCGUAUAUUUGCAAAACCUGCGGGAAGAGAUUCGUUGUUGCAUCAUCGUUUAAAGUGCAUCAAAGAAUUCACUCAGGUGAGAAGCCGUAUAUUUGCACAGCAUGUGGGAAAGCUUUCACACAGAGCAAUGGCUUGAAUGUCCACAUUAGACGUGUCCACACUGGUGAAAGGCCAUACCUGUGCAAGACCUGUGGAAAAACAUUUGCUAUCGGGUCAGAAUUGAGAGUGCAUCAGAGGAUUCACACAGGCGAGAAGCCGUUUAUUUGCACAACAUGUGGAAAAGCUUUCAGACAGAAUUGUACCUUGACAGCCCACAUUAGAGACGGUCACAGUGGUGAGAGGCCGUACCUUUGCAAUAUCUGUGGGAACAGUUUCAUUAACAUGUCAGCACUGAAAAAGCAUCAGAGAAUCCACGUUAAUGAGGAGACGUAUACUUGUACAACAUGUGGGAAAGUUUUCAGACAGAGCAAACUCUUGACAAUGCACAUACAACACAUCCACACAGAUGAGAAGCGGUACCUUUGCAAAACCUGUGGCAAAAGAUUGAGUGACAGGUCAGCAUUGAAAAAGCAUGAGAGAAUUCACACAGGUGAGAAGCCGUUUAUUUGUGCAACAUGUGGGAAAGCUUUCAGACAGAGAACUCAUUUGAGAGCCCACAUUAAAUGCAUCCACACAAGUGAGAGGCCGUACGCCUGCAACAUGUGAGAAAAGAUUCAUUGUUCUGACACAGUUGAAAAAAACAUGCAACAACACACACAGAUGAGAGACCAUACACUGCAACAAGUGUGAGAAAACAUAAUGCACUACAUUUGGGGGGGGGGGGGGGGGG